AAAACCCCUUUUGUCAAACAAACACCAAUCUCAUUAUCUUUUUAACAAACAACACAAAACAGUAGACCACAUAGAUAAGAUUAUAGUGAGUAUUUAUGCCAAGAAUCAGUUUUACAAGACAAAUAACAGUGCCCUCCGGUAGUCCAUUACGGGAAAAUAAUGUCAGCGAACGUGGACAAAGUGGUGAAAAUAUACAGGUCCCUGAGCCUGGUUCCGUCCCUAGUUGGGGCUAAACUAAUCAACAAUCAGAGCGUUGUCCACAGUGUGUGGUCGCAGAGGAACUUGGAACGCGGCGAAAACACCAAAUUUGUGAGAACCAUCGGGAUUUCCCCCAACUUGAGCAAAAAAUACGAGUCAUUGCCGUUUGACAUCACUAAUGAACAACUCUCAACAAUCUCACCGUCUGAAAAAUACAAAGCCGUUUUGCGCACCUCCAACGACAAACAGUUCAUUGAAGUGUGGCAGAACCAGAAUUUGACAAAAAUCGUUGAUUUGAACGCCUUAGACAUCCACGGGGACGUCUACACUGAUGGCGAAUUUCGCUCGUUUGAGUGGUCACCAGACGAAACCAAACUGCUCUACAUCGCUGAAUUGAAAAUUCCCAAAUCUGAGCCUUUCUACAAGCGCUGUGCCAAAAAGCCCAAAAGCGACGACUCCCCGAAAGCUCCGAAAGGGGAGGAGUUUCUGUACCGACAAGACUGGGGCGAACAGCUAGUUGGGAAAAAACGCUCAGUUAUUGCCGAGUAUCACUUGGAAAAAGACGAAGUUGAAAUACUGUCUGGUCUCCCAGAGGACGUGUGUCCAGCGCAAGUGGGCUAUUCGCCAGAUGGGGCCUUCGUGGUGGGGGUGGCGUACAAGACAGAGCCCCGGAAACUGGGGCUCAUUUAUUGCACCAACAGGCCCAGUACGAUAUUUACGCUAGAUUUUGCAGGAAAUUAUGUGCCUUUUCCUUUGAAUAAUAAGGCCGUGAAAUGUCCGAUUUUUACUCCAGAUGGUAAGAAUUUAAUCUGGUUGCAGAGGGACGCAGGGGGGCCGCAUCAUUCGGCUAUGGCGCUUAUGAAAGCCCCCCUGCCGUUGGAUAGCAAGAUGGUGCCAACAGCGGUGUUAGAUUUUGUAAAAACCGAAAUUAGAACAGAUAAUGACAGGAAUUUCUAUGGGUUGUAUAAUAAUGGGUUUAUUAAACGUUGCUUUGCGAGUGGGAAUAGAUUAGUCGUCUCAACUAAUCAGAAAAAUACUAUCAACACUUACGUCAUCGACAUUGACUCUGGUAAAAUCACGGAAUUGAUUUACGAAGACGGAAGCCAAAUCGUUUUGGAUGUCUGCAACGACGUUAUUCUGGUCAGCCGACGAAAUUACCUAAUGCAGGACAAACUCGCAAUCUGUAAACUGCCCCCAAAAGAGUCCGAAGUGCCCCUAAACUGGACCGAACUCACCACCAGUUCCACUCCAGAGGGCUUAGAAAACUGCAUUUACGAGUACCUUGACUUGGUUCAAGACGGAAGCGAUAGCGUCAAAACUUUCUCUGCCAUUUACUUGGGCCCCAAAACCGCCCCUGCAAAAUCAGUGAAUCUGGUGGUUUGGCCGCACGGUGGCCCCCACAGCGCUUUCGCCAACAAUUUCUCCCUCGAAUCCUCGCUAUUCCUCUCGCUCGGAUUCGGGAUCGUCUUCGUCAAUUAUCGGGGCUCAAUCGGGGCCGGACAAGACAGCGUCAACUUCCUCCCGGGCAAGAUCGGCCAAUCGGACGUCUCCGACUGCAUUCUCGCCACCCAAACCGCACUGCAGAAGUACGCGUGGUUGAACCCUGGCGGUGUGGUGCUUUUCGGGGGUUCCCAUGGCGGCUUCCUCGUCACGUAUUUGAGUGGGAAGUACCCGGACAUGUUCAAGGCUGUGGUGGCCCGCAAUCCGGUCAUUGAUGUCGCCUCGAUGAGCAUCAUCUCGGACAUUCCCGACUGGUGUUACGUCGAAGUUGGCUUCGAGUACACCCAGGUUGGGAAACCUAGCCAAGACGCGCUACUUGCCAUGCGCAAGGCUUCGCCCAUCGAGCAUGCGCACAACGUCAAAGCGCCCACUAUGCUGCAAGUGGGGUGCAAGGACUUGCGGGUGCCCCCACACCAAAGUCUGGAGUACUACCACAGAUUGAAAGCAAACGGGGUUAAAAUUAAGAUGAAUUUAUACGAAGAUAAUCACCCCCUAGCCCAAAUUCCUAACGAAAUGGACAACUUGAUAAAUUCAUUGCUAUGGUUCCAGGAACAUCUCUAGGUUUAAGUGAAAAAAAUAUUUACCGUGUAUUUUUUAUUCAGAAAUAAAAACGUACAAAUCAAACA